AUGUCAUGUCCUGAAUUGAAGGUCAUUGAUCAUAUGGAACAAACAGUUAAUGGGAGAAGGCGCGGGCUCCAGCCUGAGAGCUUAUUUAUCAACCGGCCAAGCAGUGGAUUGGAACAUCCAGAGGAAUGGCAAAGUAAAUUGAAUGAUUGGAUUCAAAAAUGGAUGGCGCCAACACCAACUUCGAUACCAAUUGUUGUGGAUCUCGAACAAUCCAAUCUUCAAUAUCCAACUCAUGCCGACGGUCAUGUAUUUGCUCAUGAGUUUGGAAAGAUUUUGAAAUUCCGACCCGAUGUUCGUCGACUCGCAACCUCAACUUUGCGCCAAAUGUCCAGCUGGUACGAUGUACCACUUAACGUUAGCUCAACAAUUGUUACCCCGUCAUUCCUGGGCGUACAUUUGAAAACCGAGCCAGAAGAAAUUUCAGAAGGCAUCGCAAAACGACAUGUCACUGCAGCUCCAUUCACGCACUAUGAUGGUCAAGCUGAAGCAUAUAUUGCACUGGCUAAGUCAAUGAAAACGCCACUUAUUUAUGCUGCAUCUGGCGAUAUUGAUUCUACCCACAAGCUCGCAAUUGAGGCCAAGGGUCAUGGAAUCGACGUUACUCACAAAGAAGAUCUUUUGAAAGAGCAUGAGCGAGAGGAGCUCUCUCAUCUAAGAUGGGAUCAGAGAGCUUUGAUCGACUACCUUGUGGUUUUGCGAGGAGAAUAUUUUGCCGGCGUAGGACAUUCAAUGUUUUCGUGGAACGUAAUGUUGAAAAGACAUGAAUCUGCACUGUUGAAGCAAAAAUUGCACGAGGAUAUUUAUGCCGAUGAUCUAAGUAGUCUCUAUGGUGUCAGGGAGAGCUAUCUGGACUCGGCAAAAUGUAUGUGGCCUUGA